CGCCCAACUCUAGUUCUGCGCAGACUCCUGGAAUUAUUUGCCGUCUCUAUGGCAACCCAGUAGCUGCUGCCGGAAGAUGGAGACCACCGAGCCUACCGAGGGAUCGCGGUCUCGAUCUUUGGACGUGCAGCCUGGCGCUGGAGGGCUCAGGUCUUCUUCAGAACCGUUUCCUUUGGAUGGCCAUCCUAGGUCGGUCCUGGCAGCUGCAACUACUGCAUCUGUAGCUGCCUCCACCGCCAAAACCGAUGCGUUAUCUACGAAGACCCGAGUCCGCUACUCUGAGCCGAGUGUUCUCAUGGACCGCUCCUCUGACAGUCUUCCUGGGGAGCCCUGCACUGGAGCCAGCUUUACCCACAAGAUAGACCAGAGGAGACUUGGCUUUGAGCCUGUCUAUGCUUCCCGUUUCACCCAGGAUCCCUGUACUACAAAUGACCGUAGCUCUAGUCCUGGCCCUGUUACUGGCUCCAGUUCUGGUCCUGGCCAUGGCUCUGGCCCUGGCUGUGACUCUGGUCAAGGGACUGGUUCUGAUUCUGGCCCUGGUCCUGCCACUGAAUCUGGGCCUAGUCCAGACCGUGGCCAUGACCCUCAGCUCAGCCUCUGCAAUCUCCCAAGCUUCAGAAACCUUGGGGCAGAGCUGGUCCCUAAUUAUUCCUGCUGGAAUCACUACUGCUGCUGGGAACCUCAGAAACAACCCUGGAAAAGUUUGCAAGUCCCAGAACCUGGUGCACGAGGGCAAUGGAAGACCCCCCAAGUUGAAGAGAAGUGUAAGGUUCUCAAAGAAACAUUGCCACGGGGACACUGCCUUCUAUACAACUGGGAGGAGGAGAGAGCCACCAACCACCUGGAUCAAGUCCCAAGUAUGCAGGAUGGCUCUGAGAGUUUCUUCUUCCGACAUGGACACCAGGGACUGCUGACCCAACAGCAACAGUCACCCAUGUCCUUCAGCACCACCCAGAAAGACUCGUACCAGCCCCCACGAAACUACUAUCAACCAAUUCGAGGAAAGCGGGAAGCCAUGCUGGAGAUGCUCCUGCACCAUCAGAUCUGUAAAGAGGUGCAGGCAGAGCAGGAACCCGCAGGGAAGCAAUCUGAGGUCGAGUCUGUGACACACCAUGACUACCAAAAGGAGCUGGUACACGCCGGGCCUCCUGCCCCAACCAAGCCUCAUGACUACCGUCAGGAGCAGCCUGAAACCUUUUGGAUACAGAGGGCACCGCAGCUACCGGGUGUCAGUAACAUCAAGACACUGGAUACACCAUUCCGGAAGAACUGCAGUUUCUCAACACCAGUGCCUUUGUCUCUGGGGCAGCCUUUGCCCUAUGAACCUGAGAAUUCUUCCCACCAACUGGGAGAAAUAUCCUCCCUUGCCUGUCAGGGAGCACAGGGUGGGGAAAUGGGUAGAACUACUAUCUAAGAGUUGAGGCGGGAAGAGGGGUGUGGAAUACAGAAUCCAUUUCCGUCUGUACUGGAGAGGUGGGAAGGAAGGCGAUUCUGUCUGUACUUGGUGAAGGGGCUUUCCAUAAAGGGUUCUCUCUCACCCUGA